UUGACACACAUGCAGUACGUCCGGUUCCGCAGAAACCUAAAUAAUUAUUGUUCAAAGUCCACCAACAAAACAUGGACGUGGACUUUGUUAGCAGUAUCAUAAAAUUUAACUCCCAGACAGCAGGACGAGAUAAGCUGUUCAGAUUGUUUCAAUAUGGAAGCAAGUUUGUUUGGUGGCAUUUGCAGUCUAAAGGAUUAUACCAAGACCUGAUAAAAACACUGAAAAGUCUAGAGAGCUCCAUUAGUACAACCAGAAAAUUAUUAAGAAUUGGAAAGAGUAUUGACUUUAUUCACAGUGCAUUAAAAACAAUCCACAUUUCCAAUGCCGUUCUGCGGCUGACACUUACACUGUCGAAAAUAAACCAAGCCCUGUACUUGAUGUUUGACCACGUAAUCUGGGCGGCACGCGCCGGCCUGAUUAACACAGACAUUCCGCGGUGGGUCCGACUGUCUUCCAAGUUCUGGCUGUUCAGCAUUAUCCUGAAUCUGACGCGUGACCUGUACGAUAUAUGGAGAGCCCUGAUGCACGAAAUAAAGGUCCGCAACAGCCAAGCUUCCAAGAGUCACUACAUGAACGGAGAUUCACAGUAUGCCGGGAAGACGAAGCAUGUGCGGACGGACCGCGAAGUGGUCAUAAAAUGCGUCAAAGAGAAUGUCCCGAUAUUCCUCGAUUUCGUGAAGAAUGUGUGUGAUGUUGUGUUACCCAUGAGUGCCUUGGGACACAUUAAUGCUUCUCCAGGAUUUCAAGGCUUCGUUGGAGUUGUCUCCUCCUUGAUCGGCAUAGCCACGAUAUGGGAUCCUCUCUUGCGAUUGGUUCCUUCGUAAGCAGGCAAUAAAUCAAAAUGAAAUUGGUGCAUUUGUUUUGACGUCUUAAUGAUUUAAAUAAAUAGAUAAUGUGCCAUUUAACACAUAAUUGUGGUGACUGCUGUAUAUCUAAGUGCAAACCAUAUUUAUUUUAUAAUCCCUAUAUUUGAAUGUUCAUAUUCUUAUAUAUAAACAAUUACAACUUGUUGCUAAACUUUUAUAAUUUUGCAAUUAGUUUUCCUCUAAUGAUUUUGGUAGGAGGUGAAAAUGUAUGUUUUACCAUUAAAUUACUUUUACCAAAUCAGUUGUUGAAUUGACAUUAUUACUUUAUACCUUUUUAAUAUUUUAUCAAAUGUUAAUCAUUGUGAUUGAUACCUGUGAUAUCAUCCAAGACAUAAUCAGUGGUCAUGAAAUCAACUAAGGGUCAUAAUGUGUUGUUCAAAUCUUUGAGUUUGCCACGAAGCAUACACAAAUUUUACAUUAUAAACAAAGCUUUAGUAGUUUUAAGUUUUUGAAAAACACUGACAUAAUUAUUUUGUGUUGAACUUUAAGAUUGCUAUAUACAUGCAAUAUACAUUACAUGGUAUCUUUAUAAGUAUUAUCAGUGGCCUAUACACCAUCAGUGUCUUCAGCAAAUCAUUAAAUUUGUGGGUGUAGUAGUUAUUGUACAUGUUUCAUUCUGAACUGUAAUGUGGUAUGCAGAGCUUGAAAAUUCCAAUUUGCUAUAUUCUCAUUCCAUUAAAUUGAAAUGAAAACCAAACCAAAAACAGUGUAUAUAUCCACCCAGCUAUUUAGAAUGCAACACACCAAUUUCCCUUAUUUAAAUAGUAAGACUGUUGUGGACGGAUCGAUCCUCAUCGGUGGACCCAUGGGCUAUUUCUCGCUCCAGCCAGUGUACCACGACUGGAAUAUAAAAGAUCCCUUGCUACCAAUGGAAAAAUGUAGUGGGUUACCUCUAAGAAUAUAUGUAAAACAAUUUACCAAAUGUUUGACAUCCAGUAGCCACUGAUUAAUAAAUCAAUGUGCUCUAGUGGUGUUGUUAAACAAAACAAACUUUUUUGUGUGCUGUGGACUGAUAGUUUACAUUCUGCAGACACAUUUUAAAGUAGAUGAUUUGGCGACUAGAUUUUUUUAAGUACCAAGUGCACAAUCAUUUUAAAAAAUGCAAGACUACUACCCUGCUUUCUAUAAACAGUUUUCAGACAGUCCAAAUAGUUGUUGCCAUUUAGUAGUUUAAUGUGCUUGUAUAAUAACUCGAUACUUAGGAAAGGACAAAUAUAAACAGACAAACUGUCUAAAUAAAGUAUUCGCAUUGGGCAGAGUAGGCCUACUGUGUGCAUUUCUAUUGCUUACAUGCCAUUGACCUCUCGUGAAUAUAUUCAAUAUGGUUGGAUAUAUAUAAGGCCGAAUUUACAGAGCCUAUUUAUGUCUUACACAUAUGUAUAAUUACAUAUAUUUACAGUGCUUAAACACCUGCAUCUAAGAAAACAGGCUUUGUGAUUUUGGCACAUAGUAUUUUCUUACCAUGCAGUACUAAUACUACUAAACUAACUUUCACUCUCUUGUGAUAUAUACAUUUAUUAUCCACAUAGUUCAAGAUAUUCAGGGAAAUAGAACCAGUAUGACCCACGUGUGUCAUAAUGAUUUCACGUGCACAACGAGUAACAUCAUUUUGUGAAGCGACAUCAUAACUUAAUGCGGCUUCCCUGGUGUAAACGUUUGGUUGUCUGUUUAGUUAUAUUUAAAACGUUUUGACAUGGUCCUAGCUUGUUAUUCAUAAAAAUAAUAGUUUGUAUAAUGUGGAUAAUAAAGAAAUAAUUACACUCGCAUGUAAAUUGUACUAUUCUAUGAAACUCGUGGCAGAAUUCAUGUAUUACCCUUAUUUUCACAAUACAAUAAUCGGUACGACGCGCAAGCCACAUGUAUUCAAGAUGUAAUAAACAAGAUUAUUAAAUUUAGUUAAAAUGGAGCAAUUUUGUUCACAUUGUUUCAGAUUGUUUGUGUGUUUUCAAUAUUUACAGGCUUGUACCGUAGGCCUACUAUGUGUACAAUAUUCAUUGAAUAUAGCUUGAAUCUUUAUGACAUACCAAGGAUAUUAUAAUAGUAUCAACAAAUAUAAAAAUUUACUUGUGGUAUGAAUAAGUAUCAAUAUGUGUUAAAAACUACAUUUAUAUCAAUGUCACAACACCUUGUUUGAGCACCAUUGGAUUAACAUAAUAAUUGCACAACAGUCCCAUAUUCAACAUCUGUAAUAAACUGAGGUAAAUGAUUUAUGCAAUACAUGUAUUUUUAUGUGUGAUCUUACAAUUUUGUUUUAUUUAUUUGAUCAUAAUUUGUAUGUUAUUAACAACUACCAUAAAAUAUUGAUUAAAUCUGAAAUGAAUCCAAA